AUCUCCUUCGUUAAAUUCAAGUUUCCUCUAUUUCUGCCAGCUUAUGGCAACCAGAGGAAGAGGCAGGGGUAGAGCCGGACGAGGGGGACGAGCAGGCCGAGGAGGUAGGGGCGGCGACCAGCAGCCAGACCCCCUUAAUCAGCAGCAGCCGCCGAUCUUUCAGCAGCCCCCACCUCAUCAGCAUCCCCCUGUCUUCCAGCAACCCCCUCCUUAUCAGGGGCAGAACCAUGUUCAGAUCAUGGGUCAGUUUCGUGUUCUGUCCCCGCCAACUUUCACCGGGGCAGACGGGCCACAAGCAGUUGAUGACUGGUUCAUGAACCUCGAGAGGAUCUUUGAGGUCCUUAACUACUCAGACCAGGAGAAGAUUGUCUGUGCCCGCUUCCAGAUGAUAGGGGACGCGGGUAGAUGGUGGUCAGAUGUUUGGCGCCUUAAGACUACAGCCGAGAGAGAUGCUAUGACCUGGGAGCAGAUGAAGCUCUUUAUUUCGGAGAGGUACUACCCUUAUCAUUUCCGGGAGCAGAUGGAGAGGCAGUUCUAUGCCCUGCAGCAGGGAAACCUAUCCGUAGAGGAGUAUGAGCGUGAAUUUACCAGACUGAGCCACUUUGCCCCGCACAUA